AGUGAGCAGCGGCGGCUGCGCCGCGGCAGCCGCAGAAAGCGCAGCUGCUUUGCUCUAGUCCACGCCCCCUUGCCGCUCCGGUGACAGUCUGCGGAAAGCCACGUUUGUGAUUUCGGGAGAGCGCAGAGCGGGACGGCGGCGCUCUUGCUUGGUCAUCUGGGCCAGGUGACGAAGAAACAGUUUCCCGGUGAAGCAGCCCCUCACUCAUAGUCAGCGCACACCCCUAGGGCCUAAAGAUGCUGAGGUCCGUAUGGAAUUUUCUGAAACGCCACAAAAAGAAAUGCAUCUUCCUGGGCACGGUCCUUGGAGGAGUAUAUAUUCUGGGGAAAUAUGGGCAGAAGAAAAUCAGAGAAAUACAGGAAAGGGAGGCUGCAGAAUACAUUGCCCAAGCGCGACGACAAUAUCAUUUUGAAAGUAACCAGAGGACUUGCAAUAUGACAGUGCUGUCCAUGCUUCCAACACUGAGAGAGGCCUUAAUGCAGCAACUGAAUUCCGAGAGUCUCACAGCUCUGCUAAAAAACAGGCCUUCAAACAAGCUAGAAAUAUGGGAGGAUCUGAAGAUAAUAAGUUUCACAAGAAGUAUCGUGGCUGUAUACAGUACUUGUAUGCUGGUUGUUCUUUUGCGGGUCCAGUUAAACAUAAUUGGUGGAUAUAUUUACCUGGAUAAUGCAGCAGUUGGCAAAAAUGGCACUACAAUUCUUGCUCCCCCAGAUGUCCAACAGCAAUAUUUAUCAAGUAUUCAACACCUCCUUGGAGAUGGCCUGACAGAAUUGAUCACUGUCAUUAAACAAGCUGUGCAGAAGAUUUUAGGAAGUGUUUCUCUUAAACAUUCUUUGUCCCUUUUGGACUUGGAGCAAAAACUAAAAGAAAUCAGAAAUCUCGUUGAGCAGCAUAAGUCUUCUUCUUGGAUUAAUAAAGAUGGAUCCAAAUCUUUAUUAUGCCAUUAUAUGAUGCCAGAUGAAGAAACUCCAUUAGCAGUGCAGGCCUGUGGACUUUCUCCUCGAGACAUUACCACUAUUAAACUUCUCAAUGAAACUAGAGACAUGUUGGAAAGCUUGGGAAAGUUCCUAGACAUCGGGAAAUCAGCAUGUUCUCAAGCAAAUACACUUGAUAGACAUUCAUCUCAGCAGGAGAAAUAUCUACAGGAGAAAAUCAUGAAGCUACCAGAAUGUGGCCAAAGGGAAAAUAUCCUAUGAUCAUUGCAGAUUUUUUGUGUUGGUUCUCCUCUCCUAUUCCCAUCCCAUCCCUGGAGAAAACAAUAAGGCAAAGUUUCUUUUUUUUUGAGACAGGAUCUCGCUCUGCCACCUAGACUAGAGUGUAGUGGCCCUAUCUCCGCUCACUACAGCCUCAAGCAGUCCUCCAACCUAAGCCUCCCGAGUAGCUGGGACUACAGAGACACACCACCAUGCUAAUUUUUUAGUUUUGUUUGUUUAUUUGUUUUUGUAGAGACAGGGUCUCAUUAUGUUGCCCAGGCUGGUCUCAAACCCCUAGGCUCAAAUGAUACUCCUUCCUCGGCCUCCCAAAGUUUUGGGAUUACAGGCAUGAGCGACCACUCCAGUGCAAAUUUUUUUAUAACAAGGCAAAGAUGAUCAUGCGAAAGAAACUAAUGAAUUAACAAGCAAGUGGAACAAAAACAAUUUGUUAAUGCUUCCCUGGCCUUACAAAUACUGCAGUGGUAAUGGGUGGAAUCCAUUCUAUUAAAAUAGGACUGCUGUGUGGGGGUUUAGAUAUUCUUCUACCACCUCUGAUUAUUCUGGGAACCAUUACAGUUCCACAAUCCUUUUCCCUCCAGGUGAUCUGGGUCACUUUCAUCAUUAUCAGUUCAUCCACUAUUUGCACAAUUUGGUCAUCUAAGAGUUGGCUAAAAGUGCAGCCAGGUGUGCCGUAAUGAUGCAAGACUAUAGCAGUAUAACCCCCAUGAUGCAUUCACAGGAUGCAUUACAGAGAAAGGGAAGGAAAGUGCAAUUCCAAUGAUGAACUUUGACUUGCAACCCACACUCCCUUCAACAAACAGCUUUACGUAAAUCUUGGAAAUAUUGUUCAAAAUACAUGUGCCAAAAUGUGCCCAUCUUUCCUCUGUUAUGUGGAGGGUAUGAUCCUUGCUGUAUUGCUAACAUCUCUCAAUUUGGGUUGAAAGUGCAGUCCCUUAGUUAUCAACAAGUGCCAGUCACCAGGUUGCGCCUAAGAGAAAAUUAGACCUUGCUUUAGUUUUUUCUUCCAAAAAAAAUAAUUUUUCAUUUCUUAACCAUUGUCAGCAAUUUCCAUACGCUGGAUUGACUUACCUUCAUGAUGUUUGGAAGUUAAGACAAUGUAUUUGGCACCAGAGGCCUGAAAAAUAUCUGCCCACUGGUUGGCAUUAAAAAAUUUUGCUGUAAAUAGUGGUCCAAAAUCUUCAUAUUUGAAACUAGGAGGGUAAUUAUCUUUCAUAAAUUCCACAUACUUCGGUAUCUUUUCCUUUUGCCAAUACCACCUAAGGGGAGGAAAGGAAAGAGUGCAUAAACAGCACAUACACACACAUUUAAAAGAACUGCUCCAGCUCCCCUUACCAUUUACCCAUCACGUAGAUACAGUAGGACCCAGAUUCUCUUUCUCACUUCCCCCUUAGUUUGACUUGGCUUUAAAGAAAGCUUAUGCAAACUAAAACCCC